AUCGUACUGCCAUCUCAGCCCUUUUGCAUUAUCGAAGUGCAACAAAUAAAAUGGAUUAGUGUGAUUUACACGUGUUUUUCAAGAAAAACAAAGAAUAUUCGAGAAAAUUUUAACUAGCUGUCACAAGUUCAAGCUAAACCCUAUCAACAUGAAUCCGGGAUCGUCGAGGCCAGGAUCCUCCGGCUCUGAUGCUUCGCUGUCGGAGCAGAUGAAGCAGAACAUUCGCAAGAUGAACGACCUGGUUGGGGAGUUGCAGGAGGAGAAGCAGAAGGUUGCCAGUCUGCAGCAGGAGAGUUCCGGGCGGAAGCGGCAGUUAGAGGAGAACAACGCCACUCUGGAGAAGCGGGUGCGCCAGCUGGAGCAUCUUAAUGCGCAGUUGGAGCAGUUCAACAGCGAGCGCGAAGGCAUAUUGCGGCAACUACAGGAGGAGAUGUCCAACUACGCGACGAUCCAGGAUAAGUUCCACGAGCAGGAACAGUCCAUGCAGAUGAUUGUGCGCGAGUUGGAAGAUGACCGCCAGGAGCUACUCGAUGAACUGGCCGUUAAGGACGUCAUGAGCUCGGACAGCAUCAAUGACCUUAGCGAGGAGGUGAACGAACUCAAUGAGCAGCUGGACGUAAUGUCCAGUGACAUCACCUGCUGUAUCUGUCAGAUGCCCGUGGAGUCAGAGGGCGGGCAUCGCGUGGUUUCGUUGCGAUGCGGCCACCUCUUCGGUCAAAAGUGCAUCCGCGAGCCCAUCCCGCCGAUGUCCGCAAAAUCUACGGUCACGGCAUUUUGCCAUCCUAACGGCUUCGACAAAUCUCGUUUUCAAAACCAAUCCGCUUUUUUGAUUAUGCCAAAAAAUGAAUAUUCUAUCUAUAUUCUAUAUAUACAUAUUAGCUUAUAAAUGUAUACAAAAAAAAUGUGUAUGAAUACAAAGAUGUUUAAAUUUAAGAUUUCUCUUUGAAGGUCCUGACAUUGCCAAACAGUUUCGAAUAUAAGAUUUAUUUGGGUUAUGUUAAAAAAUUACAAAUAUGAACUUUGUAGGAACGGGAUUCCUGUACAAUCAAAUAUUAAUUGAAUCGUUUUUAGAACUCAAUAUUAUCCUGAUAAUAACAGAGCUACUAUUUAAAAGAUAACAUGUUCAAAAUAUAAACAUAAUAAAUACUAUUGAAACCAAAGAUAUUCGGUUUGCAAAUAAAUAA